AUGCGGAAGUGCAUCGCUGACAAGAAGAAGGACAAGGAAGAAAUGGAAGGCAACAAGGUGUACUACGAGAAGAACCACAAGCAAGUGCGUGGGCAGCAGAAGGCCUACAUCCAAAAGAACAAGGCAGCCCGCCAGGCCAAGAAUACGUCGUGGCGCCUCGCAAAUCGAGCUCCCCUCGCGGCGUACAAACGAACUCUUUGGGCGCGAAAGAAGGCGAUUGCGGCCGGCGAGAUCCCAUCGCCAAUGCUUGAGCUUGCAGACUUUGGAGCUCGAAACGAAGCCGUUAGCAGCGUCCUUCCUGCAGCGCCCACGGGCGCCGCGCUCACCCCAGUGCUUAUCGACAAAGACGACGACGUUCUCCAUGGCGCCACCACCAAGAGGAUCACCAUGGUUUCGUUUACGAUCGAGCGACCCCAACUCGCUCAGUCGGCGACCAACACGGUACUUUUGGCAGGCACGUACAUGUGUACGUUCUGCGGCGACUGGACGUACUACCGUCGCCACGGCAAGCGCACCAACCUCGACGCUCUGGCGGCUUGAGCUUGGAUUUUCGAUUUUGUGGUGCCGUGUCCGGCUUUGUUGGUAGUUGCGAGCUUCAGGAACCCAGCAAGCUUUUUUACUUCAAACAUGAUCUUCA